AUGGACCUUCCUCUGCAGCUGCUGCUGAUGAUGAUGAUGGUGAUGAAGACUUCUGGCAGCAGCAGAGUGACGGAGACGUUUGGAGGAACGAGAAGCAAACGCUACGCCAUCAACCCUGUGGGACACAAGUGGACUCACCACAACCUCACCUACAGGAUCACAGUGUUUCCUAACACACUGAAUGUCGAGGACACCAGGAAGGCCAUCAGCAUCGCCUUCACUAAGUGGAGCGACGUGUCUCCGCUGACCUUCACUGAGGUUACCGAUGGCAACGCCACCACUGACAUCACCAUCGGUUUCUACACCUUUAACCACACUGACUGCUGGUGGUCUCCUCUCCACCCUUGUUUCGACGGGCUGAACGGUGAGCUGGCUCACGCCUUCCUGCCGCCGCGAGGGGAAAUUCACUUUGACAAUCACGAGUUCUGGAUCCUCGGCAAGUCCAGAUUCAGCUGGAAACAAGGGGUGUGGCUGAACGACCUGGUCCAGGUGGCGGCUCAUGAGAUCGGCCACGCUCUCGGUCUGUGGCACUCCAGAGAUCCUCAGGCUCUGAUGCAUCCCAACGCCACCUACACCGGCCAGAGGAACAUCGCCCAGGACGACGUCUGGGGCAUCCAGAGACUCUACGGUUGUCUGGAUAAGAAGCGAGUCUGUGACCCCUGGGCUCGACUCGGCUUCUGCGAGCGGAGGAAGACCUUCAUGAAGAAGAACUGUCCUCUGCGCUGCGACCUGUGCUACGAGCCGCUGGAAGCGGUCGCCACGCCGACGCCGCCUCCGGCCAACGUCAAGAUCAAGAUGGUUCCCCGGGGGAAGGUGGUGGGUUUCCGCUGCGGAACCAAAAACCCCCGCUCACCGCCCAAAGUCAGCUGGUAUAAAGACGGCGAACAGAUCCUGACCUCCAUCCCCGGCUACAUCAUCAUGAAGGACAGGGACCUCCGCAUUGUCGCAAACGAGUUCAACGAGGGCGUCUACACCUGCCGCAUCCAUCGACGGGGGGACGUCGUGUCCGCCAACUCGUGGGCCAUCCGACUGAAACCAGAGGAGCCGUCCAAUGUCUGAGGACAUCACCAGGGACGGAGUCAUGGAGAACAGAACCAUAAAUGUAGUGAUGAAGGGACGUUUGUGAGCAACACUCAGUAUGAUUGGAGGUCUGUGGAGACGCAGAAGAUCAGAUGCUCAGUGUUUGAUCUGGAACAGGUGUUUCUGAUGGUUUGUUCUCACACAAGGUGUUCUGUGCCUCAGCUGGACUUAAUUCUGCUACUGCUGCAACAACUCAUGGUGAAAACAGGCUUUGAAAGGGUCCAGAUGGUUAACUUGUGGCAGCUCUGUGGUAAAAACGUCUUCUCCUUGUAAUCCUCCAGGCGUGAUGUCAUGUACCCAUAAUCCUGCAGGACGUUAUUUACCCGUAAAAAUCUUGGCAUGACGUCAUGUCCUUGUAAUCCUCCUCCAGGAUGUCGUGUUCCCAUGAUCCUGUGCGACAUCAGGUUAUAAUCCCGGCGGUUCUCUCAGCAGGGUGUCAUGUCUCCGUAAUCCUCCUGGGUUGAGGUGU